AUGAGUACAUUUGGACAUGCUUCCCAUCCACCACCCGAACCUGAUUUCUGGAUCUAUUUUGCCAACUACUUGAGAAAUGCGUGGGUUCAGUGGGCCAUAGUUUUCAUUCCUUUCUUUAUGUUCGCCCUUUAUCUCAAAUUAACCAUGCCGGUUACUCCAACAAAUGAAAAAGAACACCCAGGGGAAGAGGCUCAUUUUGAAGAAAAAAAACGAGACAGAAAAAGGAAGAGUAUGUAA